AAAACAAGUGCACUGCUUCCCUCCUUUAAAAGAGAAUAAGAAAGCAUGAAGACAACGCAAGAAUCAGAAAGAACCAUACCAAUAGAGAGAGAGACAUAGAAAAAAGAAAGAGAGUGUGAGAUCGAUGCAACGGUUCAGCAACACCGUGAUCGGAUUCCUGAACUUUUUCACGCUCUUAGCAUCUAUACCAAUCAUCGGUGCAGGCCUAUGGAUGGCAAGGAGCACCACAACAUGUGAAAAUUUUCUCCAAACCCCACUUCUAGUCAUAGGCUUCGUGGUGCUUGUGAUUUCACUAGCAGGGUUCGUAGGAGCAUGCUUCCAUGUGGCUUGGGCACUGUGCUUGUACUUGGUGGUUAUGCUGUUUCUCAUGGUGGCGCUUUUCGGUUUGACUGUGUUUGGAUUUGUUGUGACGAGUCAGGGUAGGGGAGUGGAAGUGCCUGGCAGGGUUUACAUGGAGUAUCGCCUUGAGGAUUAUUCACCUUGGUUGAAGAAUAGGAUUAAGGAUCCUCUUUAUUGGAGUACUAUAAGGAGCUGUGUUUUGGGGUCGAACACUUGUGCUAAGCUUGCUUCUUGGACUUCUCUUGAUUAUAUGCAGAGAGAUAUGUCUCCAAUACAGUCUGGAUGUUGUAAACCACCAACAGCGUGCAAUUACAACAACAUAGAAACAAUGGAGGAUCCAGAUUGCUACCGUUGGAACAACGCCCCUGCAUUUCUCUGCUACGACUGUGAUUCCUGCAAAGCUGGUGUGCUUGAAAAUAUAAGAAGAGACUGGCACAAGAUCUCUGUUCUAAACGUCGUCGUUCUCGUGUUUCUCAUUGGCAUAUAUUCCAUUGGGUGUUGCGCUUUCAGAAAUGCAAGAAGAGCUGAAACUGAUUAUCCACAUGGUGAAAACCGCAUGACCAAAGUUAAACCCAGAUGGGACUACUAUUGGUGGAGAUGGUGCCAUGACAAGAAGGAGCAGCUUUUUUAGCUGAGAUGCAUGCAGUAGCACCGUUCUUGGGUUCUCUAAAGAUAAGGGACCAUUGACUAGAUUUUGAGACAAGUGAUUAUCUGAGAAACUAUUUAGAUUCGGUUUUACAGCUUAAGAAGUAAUUGUAGAAAAUGAAAAAUGGAUCCCAUGACUUGUUUCUCCAUGGUAAUAAAUAAACUCAUUUUAUUUCCGG